AUGGGAGGAGCAAAUUUUCAAGGAGGAAACCGUGCUCCUCCACACCAAGGCAACUUCAACAACUAUCGGCCACAACAUCCUCCCGGUUUUCAACAAAAUCGAAAUGCGGAUGAAGGGAGAAACUUGAUAAGCUUAUUGAGGAAAGCUCAAGGUGGUCUACCAUCUACAACGGAAUCAAAUCUGAGGGAACAAGUAAAAGCUAUUGAACUUCGAAGCGGGAAAGAACUUGAUGAUCCACAUGCAAGUAAAGAGAAAGCGAUCGAUCUAACAACGGGCACAAAUGGGGAGGAAGUAACCGAACUUCCAUAUGUCAAGCCGCCACCUCCUCCUCCAUUCGUGCCAAAGGUCCCCUUUCCGGGACGAUUAAAGAAGACGUCGGACAACCAAAAAUUCCAUAAAUUUCUGGAAAUUUUCAAGAAACUCCAAAUCAACAUAAGCUUUGCGGAUGCUUUGCGUGAGAUGCCUCAAUACGCAAAAUUUCUCAAAGAAAUCAUAACGAAGACACGGAGUUGGGACGACAAAGGCACAAUUUCUCUAACGGAAAAUUGUAGCUCGCUCAUCCUUAAUGACUUGCCCACUAAGGAUAUUUUUGGUGAUCAAACAUUGAAGCAAACAUCGAUGAUGCUUCAAUUGGCGGACCAUUCACUCAAAAAGUCAUACGGAGUGGUAGAAUAUGUUCUAGUAAAAGUAGACAAAUUCAUCUUUCCGGUGGAUUUUUUCGUACUUGAUUAUGCGGCGGAUAAAACAUGCCCUAUGAUUCUUGGGCGUCCCUUCAUGAACACGGGGAGGGCAUUGAUAGAUGUGCACGCCGGACGACUCACUUUGCGUAUCGAUGAUGACAAAGUGGAGUUUGAUAUGAAAAGGAUCACGUGA